AUGCGGCCUCUGGUCCUGCUGUGGGGCUGCCUGGUGCUCCCAGGUUAUGAAGCCCUGACGGGCCCAAAGGAGAUCAGUGGAUUUGAGGGUGACACUGUGUCCCUGCGGUGUACCUAUAAGAAGGAGAUGAAGACGCACAGGAAGUAUUGGUGCCGGCAGGGUGGCAUCCUGGUGUCCCGCUGCGGUGACACUGUCUACACGAAUCAGGACCAGGAGGUGACUCGAGGCAAGAUGUCCAUCCGAGACAGCCCCCAAGACCUCUGGGUGACAGUGACCAUGAGAGACCUUACCCUGAAGGAUUCCGGGAAGUACUGGUGCGGGAUUGACAGACUGGGCCGUGAUGAGUCUUUUGAGGUCAAACUCAUUGUCUUUCCAGGAAAAAGGGACAGUCCUGUCCCUACUGGCACCUGCUGUCCUUCUUCCCCCACCCCCUCCUUCCAGCCUCUUACACCUACAAGGAGACUGCAGCCCAAGGCAAAAGCCUGGCUGACUCAGCUCCCAGAACUGACUUCUCCUGGUCUCCACCCGACAGUCGUCACCGCCAAACAGGGGAAGACAAGGGUCAAAGCCCCUGUAUUCACCGAGGCGGCCCCAGCCUGGUCUACAGGAACCUCCCAGGUUCCCUCAGGAAUCUCUCCACAUGUUGGGAGCUCUCCUCACACAGCAACCCCAGCCAGAUCUGCAGGAACCUCCCAGGUUCCACCAGGAAUCUCUCCAUAUGCAGGGAGGUCUCCUCACACAGCGACCUCUCCUCAUGCAGGGAGCUCCCGCCCAGUCAUCUGGCCGCCCCUCACCACACCAAAGGACUCCAGGGCUGUAACCAGCAGCGUCUCCAAGUCCAGUGUGUCCAUCCCCAUGGUCCGCAUGAUGGCCCCAGUCCUGGUACUCUUGUCCCUGCUGCUGGCCGCAGGACUAAUUGCCGUUGGCAGCCACAUGCUCCGGAGGCAGAGAAAGAAAUCUUGGCUGGCCACAGAGACUCAGAAGAACGAGAAGGUCUACCUUGAAACCUCGUUGCCAGGAAACGGCUGGACCUCUGAAGACUCCAUGAUAGACCUUGCAGUGCCUCCCGAAUGUCUCAGAAACCCCAACCCUUCUGCUGAGAAGCACAACCUCAGCCAGUCUGCAGAGGAAGAGGCAGCCCCUUCCCUGGACGCCGAGGAGGACGUGGGGGUAGCCCCUCCCCUGCGUAUGUCUGCGGAGGAACUGGCCUUCUCCGAGUUCAUCUCUGUGUAA